CCCUCCCUCCACCCUCCUCCCGCUUUUCCCUACGUGUGUAAUUAGUUGGGAAGCGUUUGGAAACUUUUGAUGGUCCUAAAGGAAUCUCCCCAUAUUACUGACACCUGUUGCUGAGGGCACAGCGAUACGCAACGAGGAGCGUGUGCCACCGAUUUCCAACAUUUAUUUCUGCAUGAUAAGUUUGGACCUCGUGUGUACUGACAGGUCUACGAAUCGCUAGAGGCUGCAUUAUAUUCUUUUUGCGUGUUUCCCUAAAUCGACUUUUUGAGACUCUAACAAUGACUUUGGUGUAGCAUUGUUCAGGGAAGGUCAUCGAGCAUUGAAAAGGGUGACACAGAAAUUGACGCUUGGAAGAAUCAGCAUAGAUAAACAGUGAGCGGUCCGAUUCAGGCUGCUGUAGGACCUGUUUGAAGGGGUUUCCCUUUCAGUAAAAACCUUAAUCUGUCUGUAGUUUCCCAGACGGACGGAGAGCCACAUUUUUUGGACUUGAGCGCUUCUGAUGGUGGAAGGAGAAGGUUUACUCGGAGAGCUGAUCAACAGCUGUAUUUGAGCACAUCCCACCAGGGUUUGCGUCCAGAAUCCACAGGACUGAUCAGGGCACCUCCUCAUUUUCUACCCAUGUAUCGACAGUCUAGCACUCUCCCGAACACCGGCUGUGAAGCAGUGAGGCGGCGGACCAUGGACAACAGGCCUGUCCGGAGAAAGCGAACUGGUGUCGUCCGACAUCUGCUGCUGGCAGGCGCCUUCCUCUCCUGCAGCGCCCAACUGCUGGUAGUGGAUGCCAACUCAUGGUGGUCACUAGCGCUGACCCCGAUCCAGAGGCCAGAGAUGUACAUCAUUGGAGCUCAGCCUCUCUGCAGUCAGCUGUCUGGACUGUCUCAGGGCCAGAGGAAGCUCUGCCAGUUGUACCAGGACCACAUGAGCUACAUUGGAGAUGGAGCCAAGACAGGCAUCAAGGAGUGCCAGUUCCAGUUCAGACAGAGGAGGUGGAACUGCAGCACUGUAGACAAUACAUCAGUGUUUGGACGGGUCAUGCAUAUCGGCUCCAGGGAAACAGCCUUCACCUACGCCAUCAGCGCAGCUGGUGUAGUCAAUGCCAUUAGCCGAGCGUGCCGUGAGGGCGAGCUCUCCACCUGUGGCUGCUGCUGGGGUGCUCGACCCCGUGACCUGCCGCGUGACUGGCUGUGGGGUGGCUGUGGCGACAACGUCCAUUAUGGUUAUCGGUUCGCCCGUGAGUUUGUAGAUGCCAGGGAGAGGGAGAAGAAUUACCCACGCGGGUCACCCGAGCAUGCCCGUAUACUGAUGAACCUGCAGAAUAAUGAAGCAGGAAGACAGGCGGUCUACGACCUUGCAAAUGUGGCUUGUAAGUGUCAUGGAGUCUCUGGUUCUAAGGAGAAGUAUGACAGUGCGGCUGCCAUGCGCAUUGGACGCAAGGGAAAGCUCGAGCUGGUAGACAAGCGCUUCAACCCCCCGAAACCGGAAGACCUGGUCUACAUUGACCCUAGCCCAGACUACUGCCUCCGCAAUGAGACCACAGGCUCACUGGGCACCCAGGGCCGCCUCUGCAACAAAACCUCCGAGGGCAUGGAUGGCUGCGAACUGAUGUGCUGCGGCAGAGGAUAUGACCAGUUCAAGACCUAUAGACAUGAACGCUGCCACUGCAAGUUUCACUGGUGCUGCUACGUCAAGUGCAAACGCUGCACGACACUUGUGGACCAGUUUGUGUGUAAAUAGCAUGUUGAGAAAAGACAGACUGAUGAAUGGGGAGGAAAAAGGAGGAGAAGGGACAGCAGGUGAGGAAAGAGGAAGCAAUGAAAGUGAAGGAUAGAAGACAGAAUGGUGAUGUUUCAGGGUUUUUUCAGGAAGAGCUGAGGCACAUCGAUGCCAAAGCUGCCCUUAUUUUUGUCCUUCCUACCUCCACUUAUAAGUCUCCUGCCUUUUUACACCAAGUGCAAAAGCUGCCCACAGCACCUAUGUGGCCAUUUUUGUGUGUAAACAGCAGAAUGAUUAAUUGAUAGGUGAAUGGGAGAAGGGACAAAAGUAAGAAGCACAGAGGAACUUCCACACUCUCUGAGAUUCUUGUUUUCCCACCGCUCCCUCAAGCUGCUUUCCUGUAUAUUAUUCUGAUCACAACCCUGAAGGAAGGACGGAAGGAAGACAAUACAGAUCAACAAAGAAGGACCUCAAGGAUGGAUGGAUCUAGCAGGUGAAGGUGGAAUAACUUGAUCCUAAAACCAGGAGAUGUAGCUAGUGUGAGAUGAUAAUGAGGAAGUGAGACAUUAAAUAAAUAUAUAAUUAAAUAAUAAGUAACAUACAACUCUGAUUGUGAGACUCAAACAAACCUGAGAAACAGUUUGGAAUCUGGUCACAUUUUUUGGGAUUCACACAAAUCGAUGCAGUCUUCAUGGAAUUUAAACCAUUUGACUUUGGACCGAGUGGUGUCACCGUUUCAAAAACCUAUUGACCCUGCAAGAGAAAUUCUUUGCUGACCUUGCCAAACACACUUGUACAGGAAAGCAGAAAAGUCCAGACUGAAACAGAUAGUAGAGAAAAAACAGAGGUGGAUUCAGUUAAUAGGGGUACAAAUGCUAAAGGGGUGAAUGGAGGGAAUAGAGAAAAUGCAACAUGACUUUCAAAAACAGCAUUAGAAUGAUUUGACUUUGGAUGAUUUUGCUUCACACUUCACCAGCUGAUUUGGAAAUUUGGGGAUUGUUGAUUUCUGUUCAAAAAUGCAAUAAAUGCCAAAUCCUCAAGUCAAAAAGGACAAAUGACUUACAGCACACACGCUCCAUUUUAUUUGCUACACCUGCUAUUAGCUGUAUUACCUGAGUACAUUUCCAGUGCUUCUGACCUGACAUGUGUCUGUGCAGGUUAAUGAAGCUUGGUGAUUGCAGUUAUUUUAACAUGCAGGUUGUCUAAACAAGCGGCUCGCAGUGGCACUCGGGCUCCAUGACUUUCAUCUGACCGGAAGGUGAGCGACACCUCCAUUAGUGAGAUUAAUGUGUUGUAUCUACCUUAAUGAACCUGCACUAAGACACAUGUUCACUCCGAGUGGACUUCUUCAUCUCGUUUUUGUUCAGUCAACAAAAUGUGACGUCAAUUUGGCAGUUUUUCCACCAAUUUAACAUUUUACACCUGAAGUUUGCAGUUUGGAUGGGUUGUGUUGACAAUAUUGUACGUUUCCAGUGUACUCACAUUGACACAGCUAAUAUGUAACAUGAAGAGGGCUAAGUGAACCGAAGACGACUGAAUAUGCUGUGGAAAAAUUAAUAUGUGAGCACAAAACCUACGGAAAAGACUGCAAUUUAUUAUGAGCUACUUCUAAAAAUAAAUAGUAGAUCAGGAAAAAA